AUGCAGCCCAGGACUCCUCAGCCCGCAGCAGCCGUCUCUGGGGUGAGCCCCGGGGCCAGCAAUCUCCGGACCGCCGGCAGGCCUGAGGCGGGCGUGUGCUCCCUGGCGCUGCCCUCGGAUCUGCAGCUGGACCGCCGGGGCGCUGAGGGGCCGGAGGCGGAGCGGCUGAGGGCGGCCCGCGUCCAGGAGCAGGUCCGCGCGCGCCUGCUGCAGCUGGGCCAGCAGCCACGGCACAAUGGGCUGGCCGAGCCCGACGGGGCAGCCGAGGUGGCCAGAGGUGCGUCCCGGGCUCAGUGCCACACCUUGCAGGCCGGCUUCAGCUCUCGCUCCCAGGGCCUGAGCGGGGAAACCUCGACCUUCCGGCCCAUCGCCAAGCCCACCUACAGCCCUGCCUCCUGGUCUUCCCGCUCGGCCAUGGACCUGAGCUCCAGUCGGAGGCUGAGCUCCGUCCACAACGGGGGUGGUGCCUUUGGGGCUGCAGGGUACCGGGGUGCCCUGCCCGCCACACCGGUGCCCGCCCGGCCUGUGUCCUUCCACGAGCAUGGGGGGGCGGGCAGCCGGGCAGAUUACGACACCUUGUCCCUGCGCUCGCUGAGGCUGGGGGCCGGGGGCCCAGAUGACAGGUACAGCGUGGUGUCCGAGCAGCUGGAGCCGGCGGCCACGUCCUCCUACAGGGCCUUUGCCUACGAGCGCCGGGCCAGCUCUAGCUCUAGCCGGGCUGGGGGCCUGGACUGGCCGGAGGCUACCGAGGGACCACCCAGCCGGACCAUCCGUGCCCCCGCCAUGCGGACCCUGCAACGGUUUCAGAGCAGCCACCGCAGCCGUGGUGUCACUGGGGGCGGGCCCGGGGGCGUCCUGGAGCCCGUGGCCCGGGCUCCCUCUGUGCGCAGCCUCAGCCUCGGCGACUCGGGCCACCUGCCAGAUAUGCGUGGGCUGGACAGCUACGGCAGCCACCGCACUCUGCAAAGGCUCAGCAGCGGAUUUGAUGACAUCGACCUGCCCUCAGCAGUCAAGUACCUCAUGGCCUCAGAUCCCAACCUGCAGGUGCUGGGAGCCGCCUACAUUCAGCACAAGUGCUACAGCGACGCAGCUGCCAAGAAGCAGGCCCGCAGCCUGCAGGCUGUCCCCAGGCUGGUGAAGCUCUUCAACCACGCCAACCAGGAAGUGCAGCGCCACGCCACAGGCGCCAUGCGCAACCUCGUCUACGACAACGCAGACAACAAGCUGGCCCUGGUGGAGGAGAACGGCAUCUUCGAGCUGCUGCGGGCGCUGCGGGAGCAGGACGACGAGCUCCGCAAGAACGUCACAGGGAUCCUGUGGAACCUGUCCUCCAGUGACCACUUGAAGGACCGCCUGGCCCGGGACACGCUGGAGCAACUCACAGAUCUGGUGCUGAGCCCCCUAUCAGGGGCGGGCGGGCCGCCCCUCAUCCAGCAGAACGCCUCUGAAGCCGAGAUAUUCUACAAUGCCACCGGCUUCCUCAGGAACCUCAGCUCUGCCUCCCAGGCCACUCGCCAGAAGAUGCGUGAGUGCCACGGGCUGGUGGACGCCCUGGUCACCUAUAUCAACCACGCCCUGGACGUGGGCAAGUGUGAGGACAAGAGCGUGGAGAACGCCGUGUGCGUGCUGAGGAACCUGUCCUACCGCCUGUACGACGAGAUGCCGCCCUCGGCCCUUCAGCGGCUGGAGGGCCGGGGCCGCCAGGACACGGGGGCCCCGGGCGAGGCGGUGGGCUGCUUCACGCCACAGAGCCGGCGGCUCCGAGAGCUGCCGCUCACGGCCGACGCGCUCACCUUUGCUGAGGUGUCUAAGGACCCCAAGGGCCUGGAGUGGCUGUGGAGCCCCCAGAUCGUGGGGCUCUACAACCGGCUGCUGCAGCGCUGCGAGCUCAACCGGCACACGACCGAGGCGGCAGCCGGGGCGCUGCAGAACAUCACCGCGGGGGACCGCAGGUGGGCGGGGGUGCUGAGCCGGCUGGCUCUGGAGCAGGAGCGCAUACUGAACCCACUGCUGGAUCGAGUUCGGACUGCUGACCACCACCAGCUGCGCUCACUGACGGGCCUCAUCCGAAACCUGUCCCGCAACGCCAGGAACAAGGAUGAGAUGUCCACCAAGCUGGUGAGUCACCUGAUCGAGAAGCUGCCCGGCAGUGUGGGUGAGAAGUCUCCUCCAGCCGACGUGCUGAUAAACAUCAUAGCUGUCCUCAACAACCUGGUGGUGGCCAGUCCUGUGGCUGCCCGGGACCUGCUCUACUUCGAUGGACUCCGCAAGCUAGUCUUCAUCAAGAAAAAGCGGGACAGCCCUGACAGUGAGAAGUCCUCCCGGGCAGCCUCCAGCCUCUUGGCCAACCUGUGGCAGUACAACAAGCUCCACCGAGACUUCCGAGCGAAGGGCUACCGGAAGGAGGACUUCCUGGGGCCGUAG